AUGAAAAACCCCAACAUGGCACAGACUUUCCGGGCCCUCGCAACCGAGGGUAAAAAGGGCUUCUACGAAGGCCGCGUGGCGCAAGAAAUCGUAAAGGUCAUCCAAGACCUCGGCGGCUACAUGACCCUUGAGGAUCUCAAGUAUCACGCCGAAACAGGAACGCAAGAAACAGAAGCCAUCUCUCUCAAAUUCAACGGCCAGGACAUCACGGAGAAACAGCAGGCCGGUACAGAUGGCGAGGAGCCGAACCAGGGCGUCGAGAUUUGGGAGCACCCGCCCAACGGGCAGGGGAUUGUAGCCCUAAUGGCGCUGGGCAUCCUGCAGGAACUCGAAAAGACGGGUAAAAUCCCUUCGUUCAAGGAAGAGCAGCACAACUCCGCCGAGUACCUGCACGCUAUCAUCGAGUCUCUCCGAAUCGCCUUCGCCGACGCCUCAUGGUGGGUCACAGACCCGGACGUCGAGAAUGUACCUACAAGGGACCUCCUCUCCCGCGCCUACCUCGCCGAACGCGCCAAACUCUUCGAUCCAACAAAGGCCUCUGGCAUCCUUGACCACGGCAGCCCAGCGCACAACCACUGCGAUACAGUGUACUUUGCCGUAACCGACAAGUUUGGAAACGGCAUCUCCUUCAUAAACAGCAACUACGCGGGCUUCGGCUCAGGCAUAAUCCCACGAGGCUGCGGUUUCACCCUCCAGAACAGAGGAGCCAACUUCUCCUUAGCUGCAGACCACCCUAACGUUCUGGCCCCGCGCAAGAGACCCUACCACACCAUCAUUCCCGCAAUGAUCACAAACGUCUCCGACGGCUCGCUGCACUCCGUCUACGGCGUCAUGGGCGGUUUCAUGCAGCCGCAGGGCCACGUGCAGGUGCUGCUGAACAUGCUGGCGUUCAACUACCACCCGCAGGCGGCGCUGGACGCACCGCGGGUGUGCAUUGCGGCGGGAAAUGCGGAGCUGGGCAAGGCGCUAGACCGCACGGUUUAUGUUGAGGAGGGGGUUAGCGAGCGGGCUGUCGAGGGGUUGCGGAAGUUGGGGCAUAGGGUUAAGGUGUUGACCGGGUGGGAGAGGGGGAUGUUUGGUCGGGGGCAGAUUAUUCGUGUGCACUAUGAUGAGGGGAGGUUGGUGUACUCUGCUGGGUCAGAUCUUAGAGGUGACGGGAUGGCCAUUCCGGUUGUUUGA